AUGCAAAUUCGUCAAUUGCGGUACCAGAAAUCAAUGGACAUCAGCGUCUUUCAUAACUACCCUGCUAAGGAAGAGGUCGCCUAUACACCAGAUGAAGAUGAGAUCAUUGCUGAGCACCUUCGAUCUGAUCAACUGAUGGAACAAGAAGAUGACACGGAAGAGCUUCCUCGUGUCAUGUCAUCCCAGGCACUCGAUUCCAUACAGACGCUUGAAGUGUUUUAG